AUGGUGGAGGUGGUGAUCGGCACCGGCCAUCUCCGCGUGGAGCGCAUCGCGUGGGACCCACACAACCCCUACACGCUUGCCCUCACCUCCAACGCGACGCACUUUGAGAUGUGGACGAUCCCGGUGGUGGAUAAGUGCGUGCACCCGCCGCGGCUCACGCUGCGCCCGCCCGAGCAUGACGAGCGCUCCACAACGCGUGGCGUCGCCUUCUCGCCGUCAGACCCGAACCUCAUCAUCGUCAUUGUUGAGGCGGGGAACGCGGGGAAGGUGAUCAUUUACGACAGACGGCAUGUGGAGGUGUUGCGCAGCUUGGAGACCACAGGACCAUGUCUCGCCGUUGCGUUUCAUCCAACCUUCUGUGACCUCCUCGCGGUGUGCUACCGAAAGGCAAAGACGAAAACGGACUCGCGUGUGCAGUUCUUCCGCGUUUUAAGUGAGGUGAGUCUGAUGGCGCAGAAGCCAACCGCCGGUAUGGGUAACAACAACAACAACAAGAACUAUAGCAGCACUGGGGGCAGCAAUAGUUACUUGGCCAAGCUCCGUGACGGUGCGCCACUGGUGGAGCAGGACAUGGUGCCUCCCAUUGACAGCGUUGAUUCGCUUCACCGUCUGCGGUGGCGGCCCUGUGUUGUUGGCACGGCCGCGGUGGUAGGAGACGCUUCUGUUGAUGUCAAUGAUGUUGGUGGGAUUGAUGCCAUCUCUUCACAGUUGUGGUUCGCCACGACGGCGCUCAAUGGGCAGGAAAUUAGCGUAUGGGAUGCCGCUAACGGCUUCUCUCCUGUCUUUUCCAUCAAGAGUGUCUGCAACGGUCGCGAACCGACGCAGCGCGAGCGCACUUUGCGAGAACCAACGGAUUGCGUUUGGGUGAAUGCCCUGACGCUCGUCUCUGUCUUCAAGGACGGCAAGGUCAUUCUCACUUGCCUGCUGGAUGAGCCGACCGCGAGCAAGGACAUGCUCUUCCGCGGUGGAGGCAUUCCUAACACCGCAACUGUAGGGGUGGAGGAGGAGUCUGAUGUGUUCAGCCUCGGUGCGAUUCUGCCGACAGCAGCGGUGGUGGCGGACUACUUUGGGCGCAGCUUCGUGACUCGCAACACGACAUCGCACCUCCGCGAGUACUACACAAAGAUCAUCAACGCAGAGAAGAGCGAGAUGCUGGAGCAGCUCUCCGCACGGGAAGCCAGCUGCAGCAAUAGCAACAACCAUAGCAACACGGUUGCUGGUGGGAUCGGCGCCUUUGGACUCUCUACCUCCAGCUCGCCGGUGGCGGCAAAACACUACCGUGAGUCCACGCGCAUGACACCUGUCAGUGGCGCGACGUUUGACGCCCGCCAUACCCCAAUGCNGCAGACGUCGGUGACGCAAACACCAUUGCACAUAUCGCCUUUUUGUCCACGCGGUCUCAGCUCCGUCUCCACCUUGUCUCUCGCGGGAGGAAGUGUCACCGCGGGCGGUAGGCGGCUGGAGUCGCUGUUUUCCUUGCUUUCCUCGCUUGUCGCCAAUGGAGACACAGAGGCAGAGACAGAUAGCAAGGGUCUAGAGGGUGUGGGCCAGCGAUGCACAACAGCAAUAGCAGGCGCAGCGCCUCCUCCGCAAAUUCCGUCGUUGUCGUCGUCCCUGCCAGCGUCACGUGCGAUUGCGGUUGCGCCUCGCCGGCAGAACUCCAGGUGUGGUUUGGAUGUGCAGAGUGAAAACAGUCAAGACGAAAAGGCCUGGACAUUCCUGACGCGGUGCAGUGGAGCAGCAGCUGCUCUUGUGUCUGCAACGACGACAACGAGGGCAGAAUCACACAGAGCGAGUUCGGCCCCAACAGAUGUUCACUUAUUUGGAGAGUUUAGUGGCGGGCUGGCACGCUCAACAGCAGCGCUGCCUGCUGUUGCUGGUGGCGCGACUGUCACCAGCCCCAUCUCCCUGGCCCCCUCAGACGAUGAGGUGAUCCGGCGGCCGACGUCACACAUGGUGGUGGGGCGAAAGGGCACCAGCGUCUCCGAAACCUCCCUGCAUGAGGUGCCGCUGCCAGGCACCACGCCGCCGUUUAAGGACGGUGGCCGCGGGGCAACGGCAAAGGGGGCUUCACCGCCGUUGGCGCUGCGGUCACUUGUCAACCCGGUGAUUGAGCGAUUCGCACUCUCCGAUGGAGUGUGCGGGUGGGCCUAUGUGGAGCGAUCCUCAGAGCAGGAGACGUUUGUGCGCUACGCGACGCAAUGGGAGGUGGGCUACGAUGUGGCACGGCAAAUGAGAGCUGUGCGUCACGCCGCCGCUGCCGCUGCUGCAGUGGUCUCUCCUCCUGUUUUCGUCGAAGAAGAAGAUACAGCCGUAGUCAACACGUACGAAGUGGACCGCCGUUUUGCCCGAAUGAUGGCGCACAAUGCCAAGGUGUGCGAAGUGAGAGAGCGAGAGAUGCAAAAACGCAAUGGUGUUGGUUCCAUGAGCGCAGGCAGUAGCGUUACGAAGGCUAGCAAUGGCAGACGAGAGCGACGUGGAACUGGCGGAGGUGCAAUGGCUUCCGUCGAUCCUCGUGGACAACUCUGGGCAGCUGCUGCGCAGGCGUUGCACAGCCAUAACAUCACGCUCAUCACAUCCAUCGUUCGUAGCCAGUUGGACUACGCUUCCCUUGUCGGUGAUGUGCAGUACUGUGCCGUUCUGUACCUGCUUUUCUGUCUGUGGUGGAAGCAGCGGCAUGUGUACAUGGACCGCUACCCAUGCCCGCUGCUUCCCCAUGACGACAGCACUACUAGCAAUACCCCAGGCGGCGCGAUGUGCAAUGGAGCUUCCAGUGACGACACCUGCACACCACGACAGUGGCGGCUUCGCGCCCUGCAGUGGGUGGAGCAGUACGUCUCGCGUCUGUACGCACGGGAGCUCUACGUGCCUUUGAACGAGCUGCUGCUGAUUGUGCCUGAUGUGAUGGGUGGUUCCAGCCCAGGGCUGCCGCGGGCGGAGGACUUUGCGCAGAAAUUAUUCACCUGUGUGUACUGCGGUAUGUGCCCAAAGGCUGAGUUGGUGCCGCGGCCUCCAAAAGACAGCAAGCUGUUGCUUGCCUCGCGUCCCACAACCCCUGUGCUGCCGCGUGAUGUGAGUGGUGGUGAGGACGCGCACGGGAGCAGCGCAGAUGAGGAAUCUGGCAGCAUCUGCGCAGGUUCUCUUAGCUCCUCUACCUCCUCCUCUGAGGGCGGUCGCGGUCUUCCUGCCGCAGGUGGUUCCGCCGACGAGGCGGAGGCAGAGGGGAAGGUGAAGUGGAACGCCGACGGUGUUAUUCCUCUUGCUGGUGGUCUCGGUCUGCGCAAUGCUGUCUGUCGCCGCUGCCGCAGCACAACUCUCAUGACAUGCGUCAUCUGUGAGGAGGUGGUGGAGGGAAUGUACUUGUGGCUGCGCUCCUGCGGCCACGGGGGCCACGUGCACCACGUUAAGGAGUGGCUUCAGGUGUCUGGCGAGUGUCCCCGCUGUGGGGUGCCUAUCCUGCCACCAGAGGAAGCAAACGAGGAUGUUUGA